AAACUGAAAAGUUUCGUAGUGCGGAUUCAGAUCGCUCGAGGCAAGCAUCCAAGUAGGGUCUGAAAUAAAAAAUAUCUCUUAAAAAACUUGAAUUUACAUAUGCUUUAUUCUACUUAUGUGAUAUUAAUUUUAGAAAAUAUCAAGUUUAAAGUCAUUUUAAUUUUGCAUUUGAUUUGAAUGGGAAACGUACUACUGGAGUAUUCGUUAUUUAUGCGAGGUCAGCAUAGUUCCAUCGUCUACAAAGACUACAGCGAGGACGACAACUACACUUGUUUGCACCAGUUACCAUAGAAACAGCAACACAAAGAAGUGCAUCAAUCUCCUCAGACUUGUUCUUCGGAAAGAAUCGAGAAACAGCUUACCGUGAUAUUAGCGCCAAUAUUUGGUGCUACAACGGUAGAAAGAAGUCUUUUUAAUAGAAAUAUUGGAUAGAGAGAAACAGCAAUGAUGCUUUGUCCUUACCAAAGUAUUGACUGCUCGUUUUUGGACGAACUGACGUGUAACAGAGAAUUUCAAAGUUUUACGGAUUUUCAACGGUGUGGAAGUUAUGAACAGAUAGUCCCUGGCAACCAUGACAACCUUGGCGAUAUAGAAUCAUCUUUAUACUUUCAAAGCAGCUCGUUAAAAUGUGAUAUUAGCACCGACAACGUGUCAUGUACAACAAAUUAUGACAUUGGUAGUUCGUCGGGGAUGUCAAGGUCAUUACCACCAACUUAUGACGAUCACUUUAGAUCCCUUCAGGAAGAGGAGUCACGUGUUCUGACGUCAUCGCCAACUCAUAGCGACAUUUCUCUAGCUGGAAUGGACACAAACAUUACCGACUUAGUUUUUAGUGCACAUAAUGAAAGUUCUGAACUUCUUACAGACAUUAUGGAAUGCAUUGAAAAUGUAGAUAAAACAGGAAACAGACAGACAAAUAAGAAAGCCAAGCAGUCGACCAAAGUCAAGCCCAAGGACUAUGAACAGAUGAUGAAAGACGCUGCUUCUCUAUUAGCUAAUAGUGGCCAGAUACAGUUGUGGCAGUUCAUACUGGAACUUCUGACAACAGAGAGCGGAGCUACAUGCACACGCUGGGAGGGUCCUCUGGGAGAAUUCCGUAUAACUGACCCCGACCAAGUCGCAAACAGAUGGGGUCAGAGAAAGAACAAACCGAACAUGAACUAUGAUAAACUUAGUCGAGCAUUGAGAUAUUACUACGAUAAACAUAUUCUCACUAAGGUACAAGGAAAGCGAUACACAUACAGAUUUGACUUUAAAGCCAUUGUCCAGUCACACAGAUCUCUGUCAGGUGUUGCAUCAAGUUCUGUAUUGUCUCAAAUAAAUGCCAUUCAACAUCCUCCGUCCUCAAAGAAAAUUGCUCAAAGGGUCCGGAGCAGGCCUCUUGGAAUCCAUGGGCCUCGCCCCUAUACAGCGACCCAUCUCUCUUCAUUCAUUCAAUCAUUGCAGCAAGAUGGGUAUACACAUCCCACCUUCGGACAAUGUGACCAACGCUCCUGGAUACCAAACGAGACAUUGAGAGGAAAUGAAUCGCAAAUGUCCGCGUGGUACUCCGACCAUGAUGUGUUCAACUAUUCGGAUAAUUUCGGCUACGGGAUGUGUUACACACAACCUUGAAAUUACAGUUUUUUCCGCAAGAUGAGUACAAGCACUUACAUAUCAUUUCGGUGAUGUUCAGCGGGUUUCUGGCCAGUGACAUGCAUUUGGAGUUUGUGACAUAAUUACGAUUCAAUCAGAAAAAAGAGGAAAUGGUUGGUAAUACGUUACUUUGUUCAGAUGACACCAUAUGAACAUAUUUGUUGCCAUAAAACAAAUACUGUGAUUCUUUUCAUUGUUCUCAUUGUUCAUUACAAAAGCUAUGUGUUUUUUCAUGAUGUCCAUAUUUGCAAGUUUAUGUUCAAAAAAGCUUAUUUGAUAUAUUGCAAAAUAAAGUUUAUUUUAUAUUGCAAA